AGGAAGGAUCAGCCCCAAUAUGGGCAGUUACCAUGGGAACCAAUGGGCCAAUAGGAAUGUUAUAGGAAGGAUCCGCCCCAAUAUGGGAAGUUACCAUGGCAACCAAUGGGCCAAUAGGAAUGUUAUAGGAAGGAUCAGCCCCAAUAUGGGCAGUUACCAUGGGAACCAAUGGGCCAAUAGGAAUGUUAUAGGAGCAAUAUAGGAGGAUUCUUUACUGUAAGAGCAGUGAGACUAUGGGGUUCUCCUCCAGAAGAAGGUGUCAUGGGGAAAUACAAGAGAUCAGGAGGGGCCCGAUGACUUUCUUCAGUGUAAUAAUAUCACAGGAUUAUACCAUAGUGAGGAAGACAUCGGGGGAGUCCGGAGGAUGGAGCAGGGGCCCGAACCCCAUCGCAGACCCUCCACCUCACUCCAUGAUACAUGAGAGGAAUAACAAGAAGAUCCUAGAACUCAUCAACAAGAUGAUGGAGCUGCUGAUUAGAGAGGUUCCUAUAAGGUGUCAGGAUGUGGCGGUCUAUUUCUCCAUGGAGGAGUGGGAGUAUGUGGAAGGACACAAGGAUCUGUACCAGGACAUUAUGGAGGACCCCCGGCCCCUCACAUCACCAGAAAUCACCAGUAAGAAUUCUGAGGGAAACGUCAUAUUAUUGAGCUACAAAACAGAAGAUGAAGACACCGCACAGGACUCCACAGGAGGAAAUCUUAUUCACCAUUAUACAGAUCCAUCACGUGAUCCCAGGACAGAUCCGUCACAUGAUCCCAGUACAGAUCCGUCACAUGAUCCCAGUACAGAUCCAUCACAUGAUCCCAGUACAGAUCCAUCACAUGAUCCCAGUACAGAUCCAUCGCAUGAUCCCAGUACAGAUCCAUCGCAUGAUCCCAGGACAGAUCCAUCGCAUGAUCCCAGUACAGAUCCAUCGCAUGAUCCCAGUACAGAUCCAUCGCAUGCUCCCAGUACAGAUCCAUCACAUGAUCCCAGUACAGAUCCAUCGCAUGAUCCCAGUACAGAUCCAUCGCAUGAUCCCAGGACAGAUCUAUCACAUGAUCCCAGUACAGAUCCAUCACAUGACCCCUCUAAUCAUGAGGAACCUUCUACUGACCGAUCACAGAUUGUUACCACAAGGACAGAUCAGAAACGGGGUAAAGAGUUUCAAUGUGGUAAAAGUGGAAAACACUUUACAAAAAACUCAGAUCUUUUUACGCACAGAAAAAAAUGCAUAGUGGAGAAGCCGUUCUCCUGUUCAGAAUGUGGAAAACGCUUUACCUAUAAAUCAAAGUUUUAUACACAUCAGAGAACCCACACAGGGGAGAAGCCUUUCUCCUGUUCAGAAUGUGGUAAAUGUUUUGCACAAAAAUCAGUUCUUUUUACACAUCAGAGAAUUCACACAGGAGAGAAGCCAUUUUCCUGUUCAGAAUGUGGGGAAGAUUUUCCAAAAAAAUCAAAUCUUGACAUACAUCAGAGAAUCCACACAGGGGAGAAGCCAUUUUCCUGUUCAGAAUGUGGGGAAGGUUUUACACGCAAAUCAAGUCUUUUCACACAUCAGAGAAUUCACACAGGGGAGAAGCCAUUCUCCUGUUCAGAAUGUGGGAAAUGUUUUACAAAAAAAUCAAAUCUUGACAUACAUCAGAGAAUCCACACAGGUGAGAAGCCAUUUUCCUGUUCAGAAUGUGGGAAAGGUUUUGCACGCAAAUCAAAUCUUUUCACACAUCAGAGAAUUCACACAGGGGAGAAGCCAUAUUCAUGUUCAGAAUGUGGGAAAUUCUUUACAGAUAUAUCGAAUCUUGUUUCACAUAGAAAAAGUCACAUAGGAGAAAAACCGUACUUCUGUUCAGAAUGUGGAAAGCGCUUUACAUAUAAAUCAGCUCUUCAUAGGCAUCAGAAAAUUCAUACAGAGUGGAAGCCGUAUUCAUGUUCAGACUGUGGAAAAUGUUUUAUGGGUAAAUCAUAUCUUGUUAAACAUCAGACAAUUCACACGAGAGAGAAGUCUUUUUCAUGAUGAGAAUGUGAGAAAUGUUUCCAUAGGUAAAUCGUUUCUUAUUAAACGUCACAGAAUUCACACAGGAAAAAAGUAGGUGUGUUUUUUUUUUCCCCCAUGGAUAACCCCUUAAAUGGGCACUCU